GCUUGUGUGAAUCCCGCGGCUCAGAAGUUAUUCCUCCACCGUCGACUUCCCAAACUUCACUCGGACCAACAAACAGGGCAGCUGCAAUGUGGAUUCAGGUGCGCACAAUGGACGGGAAGGAAACCCACCGGGUGGAUUCCCUGUCUAAACUCACCAAGGUGGACGAGCUGCGGCUCAAAAUCUCGGAGCUCUUCAACGUGGAGCCUGAAUUGCAGCGGCUCUUCUACCGCGGCAAGCAGAUGGAAGACGGCCAUACCAUAUUCGACUACAACGUGGGACUGAACGACAUAGUGCAGCUGCUGGUUAGGCAGAAGGUGACCUCAGUUGAUGUUGUUAAAAGCAAGGACAAAGAGGCCGAGCUCUCUGACUCUGACUCAGGCUGUGGCUCAACUCAGAGCGAGUCUGACAAGAACUCCACUCACGGAGAGGUAGAGGUUCAGGCCGCCGGCACCUCUGCCCAGGCAGUCAUCCCAGACCUCGUCGAUGUGGGAUUUGGAUUUUACAAGAUCAAUGAGAUGGUGGAUGCAAGAGACUUGAACAUGGGAGCGUGGUUUGAAGCCCAGAUAACAAAUGUUACAAAGUCGCCAAAGAUGCCCAAAGACGAGGCUGCAGAGGCCCAGUCAGCAGAGGAUGAGAUACUGUACCACGUUAAAUAUGAAGACUACCCAGAAAACGGGGUGAUUCCGUUGCUUGCCAAGGAUGUUCGUCCACGGGCCCGCACUGUUUACCAGUGGCACCAGCUGGAGCCAGGAAUGACUGUAAUGGUCAACUAUAACCCAGAUGACCCCAAGGAGCGUGGCUAUUGGUAUGAUGCCGAAAUCCAGAGGAGGAGGGAGACGCGUACAGUGCGAGAAAUCUAUGCCAAAAUUAUCCUUGGCGAUGCUGGUGACUCUCUAAAUGAUUGCCGGAUCAGGUUCCUGACUGAAAUUUACAAAAUCGAGGAGCAUGGUUCUCUGGGGGAUACACCAGCUGGUUCUGAGAGCCCACUUAAAAGAUCAAAUGGACCCGAGUGUAAGCACUGUAAGGACGACCCAGAUAAAAACUGUCGCUUGUGCAACUGUCAGAUCUGCGGCAUCAAGCAGGAUCCUGACAAACAAUUGCUGUGUGACGAGUGUGACAUGGCCUAUCACAUCUACUGCCUGGACCCCCCGCUCACCUCCAUCCCUGAAGACGAGGACUGGUAUUGCCCAGGUUGCCGUACAAAUACCAGUGAGGUUGUGUUGGCUGGAGAGAAGCUGAAAGAGAGCAAGAAGAAAUCAAAGAUGGCUUCCGCCAGCUCUUCCAGUCAGAGGGACUGGGGCAAGGGAAUGGCCUGUGUUGGUCGAACCAAGCAGUGCACUAUCGUCCCGUCCAACCACCACGGCCCAAUCCCUGGCAUCCCUGUUGGCUCCUUGUGGAAGUUCAGAGUUCAGGUCAGCGAGUCUGGAGUCCACAGGCCACAUGUAGCUGGAAUUCACGGCAGGAGCAACGAUGGUGCCUACUCUCUUGUAUUGGCUGGAGGUUACGAGGAUGACGUGGACGAUGGCAAUGAGUUCACUUACACUGGCUCUGGAGGACGAGAUCUGUCUGGAAAUAAGAGGACUGCUGAGCAGUCAUGUGAUCAGACACUUACCCACAUGAACAGGGCACUGGCACUCAACUGCAACGUCCCAGUCAAUGACAAAAAUGGAGCUGAGUCCAGGAGCUGGAAGCAAGGCAAACCAGUUAGAGUGGUUCGCAGCUGCAAGGGGCGCAAGCACAGUAAAUAUUCCCCUGAGGAAGGAAACAGAUAUGAUGGCAUAUACAAGAUUGUGAAGUACUGGCCGGAAAAGGGCAAAUCUGGCUUCUUGGUGUGGCGCUAUCUGCUGAAACGGGAUGAUGAAGAGCCGGCACCGUGGACAAGAGAUGGCAAGGAACGCAUCAAGAAGCAUGGUCUCAUCAUGCAGUAUCCUGCCGGCUAUCAGAAAGAGAAGGAGAACAAAGAAGCAGAGGAGGCGGCUGCAGCAGCAGCAGCAACACCCAGUAAAACCAAGAGGAAGAGAAAAUCUCAGGGCAGUGACUCCGCUAAGAGUUCACCUGCCAAGAGUGCGAAGAAAGUCAAGUUAGAGAUGUACAAGCUUUCCCAGGAGCAGAAGACUCUCAUCAAGAAUGACAAGCCAAACAAGAAGCUGUGGGAUGAAGCCAUGGAAUCACUGUCACUUGGACCGAAAUUUUUGAACACUGUUGAGGAAGUUUUCCACUGCAUUUGCUGCCAAGAAGUGGUCUUUCAGCCCAUCACCACAGAAUGCCAACACAACGUCUGCCGAGAAUGCCUUCAGCGGUCCUUCAAAGCAGAGGUGUACACCUGCCCGGCCUGCAGACACGACCUGGGCAAAAACAACUCCAUGGCCAUCAACAAACCUCUGCAGGAUAUUCUAAAUCAGUUUUUCCCAGGGUACAGCAGCGGGCGAUGAUCAUUGGCUCAAGUCCUCGCGGAAAGCCGAUGUAAACUGUAAGGGGAAUUUUGACGCAAUAAAGAAUCAGUUUUCUCUUAAUAUAUUUUUUAUGAUUUAUAAGACUACCAUUUUUGUGGACUUCAAUGUUACCGUUUUUCACCUUGGAUCUGCUCUGAUGUGUAGUUACUGAUAAUUUGAAAAUUCCUUUAUAACAGCCUGUGCCAUUACUCCUCCGCUAAAAUCCUCAGUUGUUGUACUGUGUUUUGUUAUGUUCCAUUAGUUAACGCAAGUAUUAUUCAUGAUGAUUUAAGGAACGCCCUCCACGUUAAGCACUCCUUAAGAGAACGUUCAGUUGUUUCCAUUAAUUGUUAGGAGCUUAUUAUUAUUUAGUAGUACAAUGUGGACCUGUUGCUGGUUGUCUUUUUGAUGCAAUAGUCUCAAUCUGAUGAUGCAGUUGAGGUUUUGUCUCCUGUUGCUGUUUACUGUGUUUGCAAGCAUCGCAACUUGAUUUGCUAUCAAAAAAAUUGGUCAGCUACACUAGACUAACCAGGUAAAGUCGUCAUCACAGGUUUCUACCACUUUGUUUUUGUCCUGGCAUGAUCCGAUCUUGAAAUUGCAUUGCAGUGUCAAGAGAACAAAGUCGUCUUUCUGAGACAAAAGAUGCUUUGAUAGCGAAACGUAGAUGAGGCCUAAAAACGGAGAACAAACUGAACUAGUUUUUAGUUUUUGUUCUGUGGUUCAACCGUCUCGGAGGAAGUGUCUUGUUUGGGAAACAGUGUCAUCAAAC